AUGGGCCUGAAGUUCCUAGCUGUAGAAGAGGAGUUCCCGCCCCUCGAUAUUCGCCUGCCUGUGGAGGAGCCAGCCGAGCACCUGCUGCCCAACCUGGAGGAGUCGGACGCCGUGCCUGUUGUGACGCACCAGCUCCCGGAGGAGCCAGCCUCGCAGCUGCUGCCUAUCCUGGUACAGUCGGAGCCCCUGUCCCUGGAGGACUACCCGCCCCUCGCGCUGGAAGCAGCGAAUGGGCACCUGCUUCUGGAGUCGCCGCCACUAGCAUCGCCGCUGGAGCUGGGGCCCCCUGCCGUGACCGUGUCGGGGCCACCCUCUGACCCCUUUGGCUCGCCCACCACGCCGUCCCUUGCAGACCGCACGGAGUUCCCCUCCGAUAUUGAAGAGUAUAUAACCCUCACUCCUCCGCAGAGCCUUGAAUGCCCGCCGGCACCUGUAGUGCGCAUGCGCUUAGACUGCUUGCCUCAACAGCAAGCCGUUCUUAAGCAGUUGCCCACGGUGCCUACCCUGGAGCGCGUUCCCCCGCCAAUCAUGCUGCGGAUGCAAACGGCGCAGGUGACUGCUGCACAGCUCACGGCGCAGCCACUGCCGUCGCCUAGUGACGACGCGGACAGCGGGCUGGGCAGCCCGCUAUCGACGAUCCACUCUGACGAGUCCUGCGAUUCGGACAGCAGCCCGUGGGUCAAGAGCGUGCCGUCGUUCGUCGUGCCAGCAGCCACGACGGAGCCGACCCGGCCCAAGCGCCCGCCUUCAAAAGCCGCAGCCCAACGCCCGUCUCCUCGCGCGCGCUCCAGUAAGGUCGCGACGAGGAGCAAGGCACGCCCGCCUGCGCCUCCAGCGGCUGAACAGCCCACCGAGCCGGGCCAGGUGCAGAAGUAUUCGGGGCCGCGGACGGGGGUUUGUACUGUGUGUGGCAAGCACAACAAACGCCUUGACAAGCACAUGAUGGUGCACAACCGCUGGAAGCCACAUAAAUGUAAUUUGUGUUCCUACGCGGCAACUCAAAGUGAACACUUGGCAAGGCACAAGCAGAGGCACAAUGAAACUAAAGAUCCGAGCAGAACCUUACAUUGUCCUGUUUGUAACAAAUCUUUGAGCCGCAAAGAUAAACUUCGUGACCACAUGCGUCAACAUGAGUAA